AUGUAUAGAUAUCUGACAAAACACUCCUCGUUUAUAAAUAUAAUAAUCAAUAAUGAUGAUGAUGAUGAUGAUGAUGAUGAUGAUGAUGAUGAUGAUGAUGAUGAUGAUAAAGUAUAUAAAAGUUUAAUCUCCCUAAAAAUCAUUCUGUUUGAAAAAUAGAAUAAGAACUACCUGUACGUACAGUAUGUUGCCCAGUAUCCGGACACUACAGUUUAACAUUGCAAUAACUUUACUUUGUUAGCCACAAGAGCUGUGAAAAUUGGCCCAGAUAAAAUCUAUUCAGUCCUUAAUAUGAUGAAAUUAAUAUUUUUGUAGAGUUCUUAUGUUGCCCGGUAUCCGGACACAACAAGAACAAUGUAAUUGUACACAAAUUUCGACAGGCAAGCGACUUAUAAGCUUCUCUCGCACUUGCAAAGUAGUCUGGCAAUCGAUUAGCUUAUAGCUUAUCAUCGUGAAAUAAAACAUAGCAAGUGAUCGGGGUAUGUGAGGAACGUGAGCGGCUGUUAAAUGGUAUAAUUCUUACUUCCUUGUCUAGGAACUUUUUCACUGAUUUAAGGAAGGCAUCCGUGGACAUGCCGAAGCCGCGUUUUGCAAGCUCAAUUAGCCAAUCUGCAAAACAUUUUUUUUCUUCAUUUUUUAUUAAAAAAAAAAAAAAAGCUUGGGGAUGGGACCUCAAUCCGACGGUCAAAGGUCACUUAUUUAGUCUGACCUGUAGUGUAGAUUUCAUCAUGCUCAGCCCCCACAAUAAGCCUGCUUUUUUAGCAAUAAUUCCUCCAUCUUUCACAUCUCUCAAUCCCUUUCUGACAUUUUUUAGACCCCAUUCUAGCAGUCACAACUGGGGAUAGUAUGAGAAUUCCAGGUUCAACUCCGACGCUGCCGGUUAAUUAGGUCAUGGUAGAUUUGGGAAGCUGCCCUUAGAAUCUUAACAUUUCCUUUUUCUAGUAGGUGUUUCUUUCACUCAGUAGAAGAAGACCUUACCAUCAGGAUUAUGCGAAUUGCUAUAUACAGUUCUCGCCAAAAAAAGAACGACAAACCAGUAGAUGUUGCGUCUUUUGCAUCUUUAGCUGAGUCACCUUCACCUCAAUAACUAUACGUUUUAAGACACUUAAGACACCUAUAGUGUGAAGGCAAUUAUAUAUCCUAAACUAAUAGUGAUAUUGAUAGUAAGAUUUGAUCAUGUCCUUCUUUGGGUAAAAAUACAUCUUGGGCUAGUUUCAGUUUAGCAAGCAGGACAAUAGUCUGAUUAUAGUGUUACUGUCCAAUUAUCAAACCAGAAAAUAGGUGAGGUUUCAUAGCCACUGAUAGACAGCGACGUAGACGCAGCUGAUAACUGUGUUUAUAUAAACACUUGUUUGCCAGACACGAGUUCACAAAUCUUUGAUUGGAAAAAUUAGGCUGACACUCGUUCUCUGUCUUUAGGGGAAUAAGACUAAAUCCCAAACAAGCAAGACGAGUGAAUCAACGGCUAGAUUAUCACUGGCAGAACGAUGGACGAUUACAGAAAUUGGCCGACAACCAAAUUCUGUGCUGACUUAUUCCCUACUCACAGACGUCCUUCCCGGAAUAAAGUUUGUAAAAAGGCUAGAAGGCGCGAGCGUGAAUUGAUCAAACCUGUUAAUUUCUAAGGUUUACUUUCGGGCAAAUAAAACGAACCGUAUAUAAGAAGUGAAAGAGAAAUAGCGAAAAAUCCCAGCUUCUAAUGAAAUCUUUUCUUAUGGUUUACUGAUAAACUAUUCUCGAAACUGGGAAUGUUUUCAGAUCAAAGCUGUGUAAAUCGAACCGAAACAGUGCAUGUGGAACCUUGUGUUUCCUGUUUUUACUCUCACCCAUUGUAUGGAAUAUGUGUGAAAAUCUUCAUUAUGAAUUGGUAUAUUUCAAAGAGCUACACAGCGACUAAGAACACUAUUGACCGACGAUAUACAGAGAGGGAGAAGCUGUUUCAGUUGUGCCAACUAUUACUAAUUAACAACUGUGUUUGGCAAUGGUACAUUGCUAUCACCGUCAUUCCAACUGUUGGAUGCCAGUUUUGCGAGGGUACAUUGUCAUCAUCAUCAUCUUUAUUCAUCAUUUUCGGAGGAAUCACUCUCAACUUCCUGCACAACAUAGUCCUCACUACUCUCUUCGCUUGCUUCUGAGCUGCUGUUUGCUUCAGAGUUACUUGCAUCUUGAUCUUUUCUUGUGGAGACACUUUGUAUGGCUGCUGACAGCUGAAUGUGAACUGACACUAAGUUUAGCUUGUCUUUUUUUAGUCUGCUACACAGCCGUUUUUAGUGUCGUCACGCAGGAGCGUUGCGUGACGACACUAAAAACGGCUGUGUAGCAGACUAGUCUUUUUUAGGCAAUUUCUUUUCAGAUGUCAGACUCUUUGCUUUUAAAGCAGAUCCUCAUGAAGAAGUUUCUCCCACUCCGCAUCCUCAUAGCUAAGGUUUUUCUCCCUUUCUGCCACAGUUUAGGACACGAAUAUAACGAGACCACAUGCACGGCCUGUCAUAUUUUCUGCGCCUUCUAUCUCGUCCAGCCCAAUGAAAACACGCUCUGCGUCGGACAGCACCUUGAUUCACUGUAGGAUGACUGCCGCUGAGCCACCCAGUUGCAUCCGUCCUACAGCGUGAUAUGGGGACGACUUGGGAAGGCAUUUUUGUACCUGCCGCACCCAUAAACCUGUACCAGCCCCUUCGCAAGGGGCCAUCGCAUUUGCGGACAACGUUCUUUAGAGUUUGGUAAUCGUUCUUGCUGUCAGUCUCAUUGAGAAUCCUGUAGUUACUACGUGCUAGGAAAAAAAAAGAAAGAAAAGAAAACAUGGUAAUAAACUUUUGAAACCUUAAAAUAUGAAGGAGAAGGGGAUCAUAAACAUUACAAUCAAAACAUGUAUAGAUAUCUGACAAAACACUCCUCGUUUAUAAAUAUAAUAAUCAAUAAUGAUGAUGAUGAUGAUGAUGAUGAUGAUGAUGAUGAUGAUGAU